AUGACCAAGGUACCAGCCACCAAGAAGAUGCAGAGAUCCCACAACUCGGGGGUCCUCUGGCCCUUUUAUGCCUCAGAGCAUCUAACACUGGUCCCAGACAAGACAUUGAGGAGCAUCAAGUAUAUGGACGAGGAAAUAGUAAACCUCAAACAGGACCUUCUGCGAAGCCGAUUCUUGAUUCAGUCGGUGAAGAUAGGCAGGGGGUACUUUACCAUGCUAAGGGAGGAGAGUGCAAUGAAAAAGAAGCAACAACAACUUCAGAAACUGAAAGAGGAAGAAAGACAUAAAUUCCAACCAGCCAAAAAGAUCUCAGAAAUCCAGUACGGGGACAUUCUUUUGACCACAUACGAUGAUGAGAAAACGAAGAAGGUGGGUACUGGGGUCAUCCUUCGCCCGUUCACCCCCGUGCGCAGCUGCAUCAUUUCGCCCUCGCUGCCGGAGGCUCAUGUGGAACCCCUCUUCCGCCAGCUCUGUGCCCUCCACUGGCUCCUGGAGGCCCUGACUAUCGACCACACCCACCACACCAUGAAGCCUGUGAUCACCUGCUGGAAUCCAAAGGACCCAGGUGGAAGCAAGAACACGAUUAAAAAAAUCAAUAAAGACAAGUCGAUGGGACAGAAGUGGGAGCACUUCGUCACGGCACCAAAGACCAAGAAAUUCAAAAUUCCCGCACUACGUGUCACUGCCCGCAAAACAAGCCGACGAGGCUCUGCACUCAGCCUGUCUCGGGCCAGUGGGGGGUCAUCCCCCCAGAGCAGCAUGAUGUCCGUGAUCCCCGGCUCAGAUGAGCCCCAGAGUGUGAUCACCCAGGCGACCGGCAGCAAGGACAUUGAGGACAAUGAAUCAUCUUCAACCAAGCCAGAUGAGGAACCUCUCCAUAUCAAUCUGCAGAAGCUCCUGGAGAUGGUUCGGGAAGAUGCCCGGAGAACAAUCACAAUAGAAAAUGAGAUGCAAAAAAAAGUGCCCAGCAUCCUGUCAAUGCUCAGACAAAACAAGAGCGAUUCUGCUUACAAAGACAUGCAGACUACCCUCAAAUCAAGUGAGAGAUCCAGCAGUACAAGUGCAGAAAGCCACAUCCCGAAGAAGUCUAAAAGCCACACCAGUCGUGACAUCAUCCACUGCAAGAGUGGGGUGUGCAACAUCAUGCGGGCCAAGUUUUACGGCGUGGCCCAGGAGGCCGGCUUCUGUCUGCAGGACAAGAUGGAAAUCCUCAUGAAGCGCCAAGAAGAGAGAGGUCUCCAGAAGUUCCAUUCUUUUGUCCUCGUCUCGAAUUUUCAAAAGGAUAUGGCAAAAAUGAGACAUCAAGUCCCCAUGGUAAAGGGAGAUGCAGAAGAAAUUGCAGACCACUGGUAUUUUGAUCUGCUGUCCAAACUCCCUGAGGAUCUGAAGAAUUUCCGCCCCGCCAAAAAGAUCCUGGCAAAACUGCAGAAGUUUGGGGAAAACCUGGACCUGAGGAUCCGGCCCCACGUCCUCCUGAGGGUGCUACAGGAUCUGAGAAUCUGGGAACUGUGUUCUCCAGACAUCGCUGUGGCUAUCGAGUUUGUGCGAGAACACAUCAUCCAUAUGCCCCAAGAGGAUUAUAUCAACUGGCUGCAGAACCGGAUCAACAUCCCCAUCCGGCCCCACAGUGCUCAGACGUAG